UGAUUUGGACCGCGCGGCCUCCCGUAGAGAGGAGUAGCUUAGCCGAGGUAGCUACAUGUGGAAUGAAGGCAGCCCGUCAGUUGGACGGCAGAGAGUGUACAGUGACACAAUGCGGAGGCUGUCGUCGUGACCACAACAAUGGACAGGCGUGGUUGUGUGGUGGAGCCGCAGAGCGGACUCCCCUCACCCAGUCCACGAGAUCCCCUGCUCAGCCCUGACUCACACAUGGAUGCCCAGGGGUAUAGGUUGGUGAGCUGGCGGGUGUGGACGUGUCACCUGGCCUCCCUGCUGUCCCUGGGUCUCCUCCUGAUUGUGUUUCACUGGCGCCCUCGGCUCGGCGUCCUCGCCCGCUGCUGCUCCUGCCCUCUGGCUCUGGCACAUGUUCUGCUAAUAAGAGACAUUUUUGGCCAGCAGCAUGUGGUGGAAGUCCUCACAGAGGAGAUGGAGGAUGACAGUUGGGAGUUGUUGGGAAAGCUGGAGGUCAGUGAAGUGAGAGAUACAGCUCAGCUGUACAAGGAGGAGAAAACGCUGCUGCGCUACUACAUGUUUGAAGGACUGCGCUACGUCUGGCUGGACAGGAAGGGAGCCUUCUGUCGUGUUAGUGUCCUCAAUGAGGACUGGACCUGCAAGGACCUGUACGGCUUCCAAGAUGGCCUGAGUCACCUGGAGCAGAGCUCGAGGAGAUGCAUUUAUGGGCCCAACCUUAUUGAUGUGCCUGUGAAGCCUUAUUUUAAACUGCUGUUUGAGGAGGUCCUCAACCCAUUCUAUGUGUUCCAAUUCUUCAGUAUCACCCUGUGGAUGAUCGACGAAUAUUAUUUCUACGCCGUGUGUAUUUUGUUUUUAUCCAUUCUCUCCAUCAGCAUCUCUCUUUAUGAGACGCGCAAGCAAAGCAUCACUCUUCACAACAUGGCCCAGUUAGUCACAAAUGUAACCAUCCGCAGAAGCUCUGGAGUGGAGGAGUGCGUGAGCUCGGUGGAGCUGGUCCCCGGCGACUGCUUGAUCAUCCCUCAGGAAGGCCUGCUGCUGCCAUGUGACGCUGCCCUGUUGGCCGGGGAGUGUCUGGUCAACGAGAGCAUGCUCACAGGUGAGAGUGUCCCAGUGCUGAAAACCCCGCUGCCGGCUGGUGAGGGAAAGUACAGCUCAGAGACUGAGCGGAGACACACACUCUUCUGCGGUACCACACUCAUUCAGGCCAAAGGGGGAGGUCCGGGAGGUGGCGGUGCUGUUGCUGUGGUGACGAGCACCGGAUUUUUCACAGCCAAGGGUAACCUGGUCAGCUCCAUUUUGUAUCCGCAGCCAAUCAACUUCCGCUUCUACCAGGACUCCAUCAAAUUCCUGCUCAUCCUGGGACUUGUUGCUUUUAUUGGCAGCAUUUACAACUUCGUGGUCCUCUUCAGAGCCAAUGUGACUUGGGGUUUUUUGGUGAUCAGGUGCCUGGACAUCGUGACGAUCGCGGUGCCUCCGGCGCUGCCUGCCGCCAUCACCACCGGCACCAUCUACGCCCAGCGGAGGCUGAAGAGCCAGGGCGUCUUCUGCAUCAGUCCGCCGCGCAUCAACGUCUCCGGCAAGGUCUCAAUCUUCUGCUUUGACAAGACAGGAACUCUGACGGAGGAGGGUUUGGAUGUGUGGGGCGUGAUGGAGGGGGGAGCGGCAGGUUUCUCCGAGCUGGUCCAAGAGCCCAGAUCGUUGGCCCCAGGGCCCAUGCUGUCAGGCCUGGCCUGCUGUCACACCGUGACGCUGCUGCGGGGUCAGCCCAUCGGAGAUCCUCUGGAGCUCAAGAUGGUUGACUCCACUGGUUGGACCCACCAGGAGCCCGAGGGAGAUGGGAGGGAGCUGGAUGCAGAGUUCGGAGGCUACAAAGUUUUGGCUGUUAUGAGAUCUCCUACUCAAGGAAACUCCACGAGCAAGGCGCUGGCCAUUGUUCAGAGGUUUCCCUUCUCAUCGGCCCUGCAGAGGAUGAGCGUGGUCACAGUGAUGCCUGGGGGUCAUGCAGCUCUCGCUUUCCUCAAAGGAUCCCCUGAGAUGGUGGCCAGCCUCUGUCGAGCAGAAACCGUGCCGACGCAGUUCUCCAGCAAACUGCACAGCUUCUCCAGCGAGGGCCUCCGGGUUCUUGCACUUGCCUAUAAACCCUUGGAUAAGAACACUGACGUGAGGACCAUUACACGAGAUGAAGUAGAGAAAGACAUGCAAUUCCUGGGCUUGCUAAUGAUGAAGAACUUGGUGAAGCCAGAGAGUGACAAUGUUAUUCACAUGCUGAGACUGGCACAACUUCGCAGCGUCAUGAUCACCGGUGACAACAUUCUAACAGCAGUGAACGUGGCAAAAAGCUGCGGGAUGGUGGGAUCUGACGAGAAGGUGAUAUUCGUCAGUGCCACCCCGCACACCGCCCAGUCCGUGCCGACCCUAAGGUUCACCCUGGAGGACAGAGUGACGACUACUGCCCAAGGCUCCAUAGAGAUCUGCACUCGGGGCCUGUACCAGAGUGGCUUUGGUUAUCACUUGGCAAUCAAUGGCAAGUCCUUCGCUGCCCUUUGCGACAACUUCCCAGAGUAUUUGCCAAAGGUUUUGAUGCGAGCCACUGUAUUUGCACGCAUGACUCCGGACCAGAAAACGCAGCUGGUGAAGGAGCUGCAGAAACUGAACUACCGGGUGGGAAUGUGUGGGGACGGGGCCAACGACUGCGGGGCCCUGCGAGCUGCUGACGUCGGGGUCUCCCUGUCUGAAGCCGAGGCUUCGGUCGCUUCGCCUUUCACCUCCAGAACGGAGAACAUCAGCUGCGUGCCGCUGCUCAUCAGAGAGGGCCGGUGUUCUCUGGUCACCUCCUUCGGCCUCUUCAGGUACAUGGCCUUGUACAGCCUCAUUCAGUUCUGCUCCGUCCUCGUCCUGCACACGGUGAAUACGACCAUGGCUGACCUGCAGUUCCUGUUCUGUGACAUUGGUCUGGUGACCCUGCUGGCCAUCGUGAUGGGGAAAGGUGGCCCUAGCGACCAGCUGCAGUCCUGCAGACCCCCGGCCAGCCUCCUAGCCCUGCCCGUCCUGGGCAGCCUCUUCAUCCACACCUGCAUGAUCGUCCUGGGCCAGCUGGCGGCGCUCUUCAUCACUACCUCACAGGACUGGUAUAUUCCGCUCAAUUCAACAGUGUUUGGAAUAGCCAAUCUUCCCAACAUGGAGAACACCAGUGUGUUCGACCUGUCUGGUUUCCAGUACAUCAUCAUGGCUGUGGUGGUCACAAAGGGCUACCCUCACAAGAAACCCCUCUACUACAACGUGGUUUUCCUCGGUCUCCUGGUCACCCUCUUCUCCGUGAUGACGUGGCUGGUUUUGUACCCCGGGCCCAUCGUUUGCCGAAUACUCCAGCUGUUCGACAUCUCCGAUAUGAACUACAAAAUGCUGCUCGUCGCCGUGGCCGCCCUCAACUUCCUCAUUUGUUUCGUUGUGGAGGUGCUGAUAGACCUGGGUCUCCUGAGCUGUCUCCGGUUGCUGCGUGGGAGGCGUCCCUCCAAGAAGCAGUACAAGCGUCUGCACCUCCUUCUGUCCGACUCUCCGUCAUGGCCGCCCCUCAAUCACACACUGUUCCCCUCAGAUCAAACAGUCAUCCACUUGUCUUAGUACCAGCCCCCUCCCCUCCAUUGGGGGGACUCUUGCCAGUAAACCGAGCCAGUCUAUGGUGUGGAUGCCCGAGCGGCAUCCACAACUUGACCAAAAAAAAGCAAUGUCACGUUUACCUGUAUUAAUAAAACCUAUUUUUUUUUAACUAUA